AUGCCAGCGUCACAUUCUACUUCUACAAGACCUCCAUUUGUUGCUUUAGAAACGAGCAUGGGAAUGAUCUGUAUCGAACUGUAUUGGGACCAUGCUCCGAGAACGUGUAAAAAUUUUGCUGAACUGGCCCGGCGAGGAUACUACAAUGGAACCAUAUUUCAUAGGAUAAUUGCCGAUUUCAUGAUACAAGGCGGAGAUCCUACUGGAACCGGUCGUGGUGGUGCAUCAAUCUAUGGUGAUAGAUUUCCGGAUGAAAUCCAUGACAAUUUAAAGCACAGUGGUGCUGGGAUUAUUUCUAUGGCUAACACUGGACCAAAUACGAAUGGUUCACAGUUUUUCAUAACUUUAGCACCAGCACAACACCUGGAUGGAAAACAUACAAUUUUUGGACGAGUUGCGGCUGGAAUGAGAGCUGUACAAAGGAUUGGACUAGUAGAUACAGAUGCUUAUGAUGGACCAAAAAGUGAAAUUCGAAUAUUAAAGGCAUACCCUAAAGACGACUCUCGCAAUUGA